AUGUCUACACCAACGAUCCAGGUCCUGGGUGUGUCUGCAGCCGAGGAGGCAGGACUGAGAGUGGAUGACAAAGUGAACACUCGAUCCCGGCUGAGGCUCCACGGUCGGAUCAGCGUCUUCAACCAGGAUGGCUCUUUUGAUACUGUCCGUAUCCGGUUGCAAGGCGCCAUCCACACCAGAAUUGGGUCACAGGCCGCAGUUCAGAAGAUCCCUUCCACAUCCAUCGUCAAAACCAACUUGGACUUCAAGCCGGCCUACUCGGCUUCCCAACAGCGAACCGAAGAACAGUAUCUCGACUUUGUCUGCCCCAUUCCGUCUCCCAGACGUGGUGUUCCUGACGAAUUUGUGCCGUCAAUGACGUUGUCUGGCACCACAUAUCUCACCAAAGUGACUGCUUUGACGAACAGGGAACUGUUGGAGGGCUCUUGUCAGGUGGCCUACACCCUCGAGGCCGAGUUCUUGCGGUCACCGACGAACCAGGUGGUGCGGAGGAUCAGUUGCCCUGUGGACGUCUCAUCUGGGUUGACUCCUUUGGAGGUGGAGGUGACCUCUGACGGCUACUCAGACCACGUUGCACAGAUUGCAAAGCCCCAGCUGCGGUGGAACAGGUUGCUUGGGUCUCAGUCACAACCCGAAGUUUCUGUACACUUGCCGAAGUUGGUCGGCUGCGCUGUCAACGACUCCUCCACAGCUUCCACUGGUUGCCGGCGACUCACGGUGCCAGUCUCAGUUAAUAUCGCCUUCCCCUCGCACAACCGUCGCCCAGCACAAUCAUUAAUGGAGAAAGACUCUCUCAACUGCUCGGUAACGGCACGCUGGUUGACCAAGAGAACAUUCACAACCGGCCCUGCGGCUGUGGAAUCCACAGUUCACAGCGAUCGCGCGUCGACCCAGAAGUUUGCCACGACGUUACCUCCGCUCUACAAGUCCAGCACCGAGACAUCCAAAUACACCACGUCAAUGGAGCUCGAGCUUCUCCUGCCGGAAUCGAUCUCGACCCCUACAAUCUCUACGGAUCUAUUGAAAGUCAGCUACACGCUUGACCUGUCAAUGAGCUUUGAAGUGAUCGGAAAUGAUUUACUCAAGGGGCCGUACACGGCAAACUUCAGCCUCCCCGUGGCACUUCGUGCCGCUCAACCACAAUCGUUGAUCAGCCGUCGCAGUUUUGAUCCACUUUUAGGACUUGUGGAGGAGCAGUCACUCUAUGCUCCGCCUCCAUAUGUGUACUAG